CCGUGUUUCGCCAAACCGUUCUAACACAAAUUUUCUCAUGUUUUGUUGGCUUGUUUAUUGCUAAUUUCAGUUGAAAUGGAGGCAUUUAACCAAUUUAUGUUGGAAUAUCCCGAAUUAAUGUAUGGGGGAGUUGGAAUUACAGCGUUUGUCGCCGGUGGAGCGCUGAUAUACAAAAUUGCCACCAGAAAGAAGCCGACCCAUUCAAAUGUGAACUGCUGGUUCUGUAAUGAGAACACAGUGGUGCCCUAUGGGAACAGGAACUGCUGGGAUUGUCCCAAUUGUGAUCAGUACAAUGGCUUCCAGGAGAAUGGGGAUUACAACAAAAUCAUCCCAGCUCAGUACAAGUCACAUCUAAACCAUGGAGUAUCUGGAAGCCUUCCCUCAUCUGAGACACCCAAGACACAGCAGUGGGUCAACUGUCAGAUGCUGCUGUGCAAGAAGUGCAAUAACAACCAGUCUGCAAAGAUCAAACAGUUGGCCUCAUUUAUCGCAAGGGAUGAUGAAAACUAUGAUGAGGAAAUUGAAGCCUACAAGCACCACUUGGAGCAGACAUAUAAGUUAUGCAAGCCGUGUCAGACAGCAGUGGAGUACUACAUCAAAUAUCAAAACCGCCAGCUACGUACAGUGCUCUUAAGUCAUCAGCUCGAUGCACCAGAGACUCAUUCAAGAGCUUUCUCCCAUUCUCUCUCUUCUCCCAUGGGGGUUACACUGUUAAGGGCACUUGCCUUCCUGCUUUGUGCUUCCCUUGUUGCUACAUCUUUCUGUGAAUUGCCGGACCAGCCUCUUUCACCUAGUGGCCCACAGACAUUAAGUGGUGGGGUCACUACUCCUAAAACCUUCAAUGAAUCCACCCCCAAAAAUGAAAGCAGCGGAGAUGCGCCUGUAUGGCAGGGUCUGCUGGAGCUAAUCCCAAACAAGACCUUAGAAAAUGCCAAGCUAGUGUGGCAAUAUGGAAGGGACAACCAGCUGGCUGUAGUCUCUGUUGGCCUGUUGACUUGCCUCACUGCUAUCUUCUUAGCAGGACCCGUGAGGCUGAGGAGAAUUGAUGCCGCGUGCUCUGUCCUGUGGUUCUUCAUCCUGUGCCUCUACCUUGCCGAGAGCUACUUGACUGGUGCCUCGGGCUGGAUGGACAAAGCCAAGCACAGUAGCGUCUCUCUCUGUUGCCUAGUCAGCUUUGCUGCUGCUGUGUCAACUCGCAAACCACUGGGUCUACGAAGAGGCAAAUAUCGAAGAUACCUUGCAGGCAGCUCUGCAGUCCACCUCUUCAGCAGCCAGCCUCCUUUGCUCUCUACGGACUUAACAGACUCCUUCAUCCCCACCCCGCCCCCGAACCUCUCCAAGCUCAUCAGCUGCCAUAAGAGACAUCGAACAUGCAACGACUCCCCUUCCUCUCUGCCUGGGCGCCUUAGCAGAGCCCUCUCCCUUGGCACCAUCCCCUCCUUCAAAAGGACAGAUUCUGGUUACCUGUUUAGUGGAAGCAAACCAGCCUCACAAUACAAAGACUCCCCGCCCUCAGACUACUUUUCACUGCAGUCUGGGAGCCGCCCGUCAUCACCGAGCCCCUCUCCAACUCCUUCAAUAGCUGGAUCAUGUACAUCCAGUUCAGGUUCUGCCAGACAUCGUCGUCCCCUCAUCAGCCCUGCUCGCCUCAACAUCUGUAGCCAGAAACUGUGGCUUUUCUCAGCAGACCCAGAACCCAAGCUCUCACCCCCACCUGUGUCUCCAUUAUAUUCCACUGUAGGGCCGGCCUCUCCCAUUUACAGUGGCUGCUUUUCCCCUGACAUAUUACCCUUCCAAAGCCAAAAUGAUUUGAGUUUGAGAGACAGCAUGGUGCUUGAUAAGGAAGAGAAAAGUGAGACCGGCAGCUCCUCAGGGUCCUCCACAUGCCUGGUUGGCACUACAACCCAGGGGCUGGAGAGCACUCCUCCUCCAAAAGGUUUUGUGAAGCGUCUUAUCUUGCCGGUGCUUUUAACAGUGAGCCUGACCGCCAACCUGUUCUUCGUCUGCCUCUGUGUGUACCACUACUGGAGAUGAACUGUCGAUGGGUUCUGCUGUUGUUUUUUGUGACCUGCACAGAGUGAGUCGGCCUGUGGCCAUUGACAACCCUGUCAUGUCUGUAGACCUGGAGGUCAUUAAGCAAAGCCAGAAAACAUCACCUUUCUGGCAGUUGCUUGUUAUUUGUUGGUGCUUAGUAAAAAUACAGAUGUCAGCUGAUGGAUUUCCAACAGCAAUAUCUCCCUUUUGAUUGGAGUUACGAGAAUACUGUGCUGAAAACGGAUAUUACGCUUUUAAAUUUGUGGUUCAUGACUGCUUAAAAAUAUUUUUGGCUUUUGUGAUCUGGCCUUGUUUCAUCCAUUGGUUGAUGUACUGCUUCUGUUACUUGAACACAGGUGCAUGUGUAAUUUGAUUUUAAAACGCUCAGUUCUGGAACUGAUGCUUGAUGGCUUUUUAAAAACCAUGCUGUGAAAUGUGCAAUAAACAUUUAAUGUUCAGUCGAUGCUGCUCAGACACAGAGGGUCAUGUCUUACCUACUUACUGUAAAUUCUCAUAUAUAAAAUCUGGUAUUCAAAUAAUGGCAAAGCAGCGAGCAAGUACUCGAAGUGUAAGAGCACUUGCUUUGGGGGGGGGGUUAUUUGUAGCUUAAAACAGCUCACAUGUUAAAUUCAGUAUAAUUUCCACAGCAGAAAUUCAUCAGUACAAAAACAUAAUCAUGUCAUAUUCAUAUUUAUUUUUUGUUUUUGUUUUUUGUAAUUUUUAACUCUAAUUCCAGUAAUUUCUUCUUUGGCAUACAACUGAUCGAUGUCAACAAAACCAACACCACCUGAUGUUUUUUCACACUAAAAGCCAACUUAACAUGAAAAGGCAAAGUGGAACGCCUCACAUGACUCUUGCUGUAAUGAUGGAAUUAGUCCUGUGGAAAUGAACAUUAUACUGAUUUUUUUUUUUUGAU